AUGAACUGUGCGCACUGCUAUCGUCUUCGCAGCCACCAAAAUCAUCAGCAAUCGGUGCUGCGCGUGGAUCCCGAGUCUGAUUAUUUUGAGGUGAACGGUGCCGGCAGUACGGUAAGCGCCUUUUUCGGGGAUUAGGCGUGAAACUUGACGACUGAUUGCGUAUAAUGUGCUAGAUUCUACAGUAAUCGUUCUAAACUUCAAUGCACCCAAACUUGACGACACUUUCCUUGAAAGUAAACGAACCCUAGUACUUUGCUUACUUCAAACUCUAUUACUUGGUGCACACGACGACCAAAAGUGUAGAAAGGGGCGUGGCCUAAUCUGAGACGCGUUUUCUGAAAAUUGCCGCAAUUUCAGCACACUUUUCCGAUAUUUUUGUGUUUGAUAUCGACAAGAGAAGACAUUAAAGCGAGAAAACAUUGCAAUUUUCGUGAAAACGCCUUUUUGGCAUAUUUCGCAAUACGCCCUCCGCGGCCAAUCGUCGCCGCAAUUUCGGAAUUUUCAUACCGGCCCAUCUGGAUAGUUUUGAGACAAAGUGAGUGUCGGAGGUGAUUAAGCACGUUAAUACAAGUAUUUUGAGCGCUCAAACGGCAAAAAGUAUCGGCGAAUGACUGAAAUUCGCGCAUUUUCAGCACAAAACUUGAAAAUCGAUUGAAUUGAUUCAUUCUCUGAAUGAAACCUGCUCGUUUUAAGCUCAAAAAGUGCGCGAUGAUUAAAUUAACAAAGUUAUGCAACUAAAUCGUCGAAACCCGUACAAAUUUUGGGUAAUUUUUUACGAAAAACCUGAAAAAUGGGGUUAAAUUUCGAAUUUCGCGCCCCAAAAUUUUGAUAAACCGUGCACGCUAGGCCACGCCCCUUUCUACGUUUUUGGUCGUCGUGGUGCAUCAAACUUUACCAAAUAAUGCGUACAAUACCCAUAACUCUACGACACGUUUUCAGAUGGAAGGCGGUUCCGGAUGGACCGAAUCGCUCGAGAAGGACUUUGACAAAGCGUUCGUCUCGCUGGACUUGCUGCUCGGCGAAGUGGACUCCGAUCAGGUACUUCUUCUUCUCACUUUUCACCGUCCACUUUGAGUUGUGCACUUCUUUUCGUCUAUCUAAUGAUCGUCAGGUUGAGAUCACCUACGAGGGCCGUCAGAAGAUGACGUCGUUGAGUGCGUGCUUCGCCCAAAUGAUGCACAAGUGUCAGUUCAUGAUGCACACGAUCGGCAAGCAGGAGAAGGUGGGUAGUUGUUGCAAAACUUCCAGUAGCUCACGGCGCGGCUUUCGCAACAUACACAGCCAAAUGGUAUGCAUUUUUGCGCGUCGGUGUGGCUCUGCGUACAGUGCAAUUUAUGUUACGCGCAAAGUUCUUUUUUUUUAGUUUUUGAUGAAUUUUCUCCAAAUAUUCAUCUUUUUAAAGCGUUUUUCUCCAGACUGAAUAGCCCCAUUACUUUCACUUACUUGCGCGUUUCUUUUCAUCGCAUCGACUUCUCUUCGCGUAUUACUUCACCUGGAAUCUGUAAAAAGGUCUAAUUGAGUUAGAAAGUGGAGAAAAACGCUUUAAAGAGAUGAAUAUUUGGAGAAAAUUCAUCAAAAACUAAAAAAAAUGAACUUUGCGCGUAACAUAAAUUGCACUGUACGCAGAGAAACACCGGCGUGCCAAAAUGCACAGACUGAGGAUCAAACGUUUGGUGAACGUCGCAAAAGCCGCGCCGUGUAGCUGUUGUGAAAAAGUACUCGACCGUAACCGUUCAGGAGAUGCUAGCGAUGCGAAACGAGGUGAUCGAGGCACGCGCGGCCCGACAAAGUAUGGAAAAAGAGGUGGAGCAGUUGAUGAUCCAGGUGCACUCGCUCCAAUGUCAACUUCAUUCGAAGACGGCGCCACACGAGUCGGAUAUGAUCAAAAAGAAAUUGGUAAGUGAGGCACCGGGCUACAGCGUACACUACUUCUCCAGCGAUUGUAGGAAUCGCAACUGACGCAAUUCCGUUCGGAACUCAUGCAAGGCCUGAGCACCGUGUGCGAGCUUGAAAUGGCGCGGAAAGAGUGCGAUCGCUCGAAAAAAACCAUUCAGGCACUCGAGACCGAGGUGUUCGGCGCCCGAUUGGCGGCCAAGUACCUCGACAAGGUAGGAGUUGUGUAAUUGUUGCAUCACUGCGCUACCGUAUUUUGUAGGAACUCGCGGGACGGAUACAGCAGAUCCAGCUGUUGGGCCGGAAUAUGCGCGGAGUGGAGCACGAUCGAUUGUGGAAUCAGUUGGAGGCCGAGAUCCAUUUGCACAGGCACAAGACUGUCAUCAGGGCCUGCAGGUGAGUGGGCCUAGCCUUAGAAACCCUGGAGAAAUGCUAGACACCAUCCAAAAAAAAUUACAAAUUCUGUCGUUUCGAUCGUCGCCACAUUCCCACCCGAAAUCCGCUUCUUCUCCCCCCACUCACUCACUCACUCAUCAUGAUACUCAUCCUCUCUCUUCUCGACUCUUCAGAGGACGCGGUAACACGAAGGGAUUAGCGGCGCCACUUCGUCACAAUUUCAAGAGUCUUCGGAAGCGAAACGGAGUGGGAAAGAGCCGCAAAGUGGUGUUGUCGAAGCAUCCGCACGAGGGACUCGGCAUCUCCAUUACGGUACGGCUAAGGGGAGACCUGUUAGAUAAUAAAUGAGUCUUGCAGGGAGGAUCCGAGCACGCGCUGCCGAUCGUGAUCUCGGAAAUCCAGCCGGGCCAACCGGCCGAUCGAUGCGGACAAGUGUUCGUGGGCGACGCGAUUCUCUCGGUGAACGGAUACGAUUUGCGGACGGUCAAGCAUCAGGAGGCCGUCGAUAUUCUGAGCGCACAGGUCCAGCAAGGCGACCUCGACCUCGAACUCGUCUUUGUUUGUCCCGAUGAGGACAGCGACGAUGACGGCACGGUGACGAUUGAGCACAGCGAUGGAUCCAUGUGAGUCUGGGUGCGAUGAUAGAGAAGCGAGAAAGCAAAAAUGAUUUUACCUCAUUGACGGUCGAACCAAAACCAUCCCCUAGAUUUUUGUUCGCGCACGCAACUGCGCCACACGCCCAAUCUCUGACGCUUGCUCCCAAGGCAUACACAUUAUCGCUGAAUGGCGCGGCCGGACGGAGACCUCCAAAUCUAGAACUUUUUUCAGCUACAAUCUGUACAACAUCGAGGAGCCCACUUCGUCGCGCUCUUCUUCGAACAAUUCGGACGAAUCGCGAAGCACGUGA